AUGUCGAAUCCCUGGAAAAAAGUAUCUGCAGAUGUUCAGAGUUUGUCUGAUAUAAUGUCUGAAGAAUAUGCCAAAGGCUUGCAAACACAAGAGGAGCUGAAAUUUGCAGAGCAGAUUUCCGAUUGCCAUAUAACCACUUCGGAGCCAACCGAUUUGCCUCCUGAUGUCUUGAAACAGAUCGAAGAAUCUAACGUAAAGGAGUAUUGCGAUUCGGAUGCAAUUAUUGCGAAAGUUUUACAAUGCCAGUUCGACAAAGAGUUUGACGAUGAGUUAAAACGAGUUGAAAAGAAAAAGAAUGGAGAAUCCAAGGUUUCUGUUUCUUUCGACAAUUAUCGUAUGGUACCUGAACAUUUAGUGUAUGAUUCUGAAUCUGGUGACGAAGAUGUUAUCGAAAAGAAAGAUUGGGACAGAUUUGAAACAAAUGAGAAAGAAUUUGCUCGUCUUCCAAAAAGAGGAUUUAUUAUGAAGGACGGUGAAAUGGUUACAAAGCAUGAUAGUGUAAUUAAUGGGCGUAGAAAUGCCUGCAAAGUGAUGGCUUUCCCUCCUGAAAUAUGUACUGGGGAUGGAGCUGGUUUUGAUAUGAAAUUACCGAAUCAUGUGUUCAACCAACUAAAAGAGCAUACACGAUGGAAUACUGCCCGUAAACAUAAGAUGUUAGACAGAAAAGAGAGUCAUGCCACGGCUGAAAUGGGACUUGAUGAACCGACAAGACUAAUUCUCUUCAAACUUAUUAACAAUGGUCUGUUUGAGGAUAUAAACGGAGUUAUAUCGACUGGAAAAGAAUCUGUGGUCAUUCAUGCAAACAGUGAUCAAUCUUACCCAGACAUGAUACUUCCUAAAGAGUGUGCUAUUAAAGUUUUUAAAACCACACUCAAUGAAUUCAAAACAAGAGACAAAUAUAUUGAAGCUGAUUAUAGGUUUAAGGAUCGCUUUUCAAAACAGAAUCCUCGCAAGAUAGUCCACAUGUGGGCAGAGAAAGAAAUGCACAAUAUGAUGAGGAUUCAAAAAGUAGGGCUUAAUUGCCCUGAAAUGGUGUGCUUGAAGAAGCAUGUUCUUGUUAUGUCUUUUAUUGGUAAGGAUAAUAAGCCAGCUCCAAAGUUGAGAGAUGUAAUACUGAGACCUGAUCAAUGGGAAAGUGUUUAUAAUGAGAUUGUGGACUCUAUGCACAAACUCUACAAUGUAGGCCACUUAGUACAUGCAGAUCUGUCAGAGUACAAUAUCCUGUGGUGGGAAAAUAAAUGUUGGUUCAUUGACGUCUCGCAGUCUGUACAGCCUGAUCACCCAAGUGGAUUGGAGUUCCUUUUGAGAGAUUGCCGUAAUAUGAUCAAUUUCUUUGAGAAGAAAGGUGUAGGAAAUAUAAAAACAGUUGAUGAAUUGUUCAAAUAUAUAACUGGGUAUGAUGAGGUUGAUGUUAAUAUGCUUGAAGGUGUUCACACUAUUUACAACUCAUUGUCUUCCCGAUUUGAGGUAUCGUUGGAUGAUAAUCGUAAUGUCAGUUAUCCAUUUGAAUAUUGCUGGCUUAAAUCUAAUGAAAAGCCAAAGGCCAACAACAAGGACUCUGAAAGUGAUGAUGAAUUUGAUGAAAUGUGGAUACAUUCUCAGAAAAAUAAAGUAAUGGAUACUGCAACUAACUUUGCUAAUGAAAUUAAAGUUAAUAAUCCUAUUAUUGACAAGAAUAUUAACACUGGCAAUGUUAUUGAAGUUCCACUGGUUAUUGAUGGAGAUAUGAGUAGUAUUGACAAAAAAUCUUAA